AUGACACAAUGUAAUGUUACCAGGAAUCCACUUGAGGUCAAUAUGAAGCCGCGAUUUGAUGUAGAUGAAGAAAGUGUGGAUGAAACGACUUAUAAGCAGCUCAUUGGUUCUUUGCGAUUCCUAUGUAAUAGCAGACCAGAGCUGAUGUAUGGGGUUGGCCUGUUGAGUCAAUUCAUGAGCAGUCCACAGAAAAGUCAUUUGAUUGCGGCUAAACGUGUUCUAAGGUAUGUUAAAGGAACAACUAAUUAUUGUAUUUUGUUUCUGUAUGGCAUGCAAAAGGAUGAGUUGAAACUAGUUGGAUACACUAAUUCCGAUUUCGGUGGAGAUCAAGUAGAAAGGAAAAGCACAUCAGGGAAUAUUUUCUUUCUAAAUACAACACCUAUAUCAUGGAGUUCUAAGAAACAAACCAUUGUUGCUCUAUCAAGUUGUGAAGCGGAAUAUGUGGCUGGUUAUCAUGCUGUGUGCCAGGGUGUUUGGUUCAAUGAAGUUUUGAAGGAUUUAAAGGUGCAGAUCGAGAAACCAUUUGUGCUGUAG